AUGUCACACCAGGAACAAAAUACGGUUGUAGUGAAAUGGAAAAAAACGCAUCUUACGUGGAACUUCCACUUGGCAGACGCAGAUACAUUGAAAACUACGGCAUACGCAUUCUCCGUAUGGGCAGCGAACACAUCUCUAACAUUCGAACGUCAAACGUUAAAUCCAGACAUUUUAAUAUCGUACCGCGAAGGAUUUCAUACAUACGUCGAUAGCAGACGCAAAGAGAUCUGUUCCGGUUUGUUCGACGGACCUGGUGGAGUGCUCGGACACGCGUUUGCACCUACGAACGAUCCCGUGCAAACCACAGAGAUACACAUAGGCGGAUCGGAACAUUGGCAUAUAUAUUUAAACGAAAAUGUACCAGACAACAAACAGCAUUUGCUUUACACGUUAACGCACGAGAUCGGACAUUCAUUGGGAUUGUCGCACAAUUCACAUAUAGAUUCCAUAAUGUUUCCUUACGCCACCAAUAAUACCAUUAAACUCAGCCUAGAGGACAAUUUAGCUGUUCAACGUCUAUACGAAAAAAAAAAUCGUAAUGUAGUGCCGAGUACACGAUCACCACCGGUAACAACUGACACAACAAAAACAACAUCAAACAAAAGAGAUCUUUGCGAUCUACCGUACGUAGACAAUGUACUGGUGUUGAAUCAUCGCAUAUUGGUUACCUAUCGAAAAACCAUGUGGAUGAUAGACGUCAACGGUAAGAGGUACAAAGGACCACUCGCGCUCAACGAUUACCUUCGUUUUCUUCCGGCGAAUGUUUCCAUAAACGCUGCGUAUCAACGACCAUCGGGAGAAAUUGUAAUAUUCGCGGAUAAUCAUUUACAUGAUAGACUAUCCCGAGUUUACGAUUGA